GAUUAUACGUGCACAGUGGCAAAGACAUUUCUCAAAUACCUACACUUUAACCUUGAUUUCCUUAAGGGAAAAAAAGUGGGUGAUGUUUUGUUUUGUUUAUUUUUUUGCCUGCUAUGUUAAAGUCGCAUGACCAUUGGCCAAAUGUAGUCAAGUGUAUCCAACCCCACCCCAUUCCUAACUGUAUAAAAGGCUUCAAAACUUUCUGCUCUGCACAUCAUCCUGAACAUCUGCAAAGAUGCUGGGAAUCCUCUACUUCACCACUUUGGCAGCACUUGUGCUGGGUCAGUCUGUCGUCCCCUUUAAUCAAGCCGGACAGGGGCAAGGGCAGAACAGAGUGAUUGGUGGUUCAGUAAGCAUUCCCAAUGCUUGGCCCUGGCAGGUCUCACUGCGAGUUCAGAGUGGAACAUGCUACAACCACUACUGUGGAGGAGUGCUGAUUAAAAAGAACUGGGUGCUGACUGCUGCUCAGUGUGUGGACGGCACUGGGGUGUCCGUCGUUGUCCUUGGUGAUCACGAUCUGACUGUACCUGAGAGUGGCAAGGAGCAGUACAUUGGAAUCAGUGCCAUCUACAUCCACCCUAGCUGGAAGCGCGAUCUGGUUGCUGGGUAUGACAUUGCCCUGAUCCGUCUGGCCUCCGAUGCCAUCCUAAACUCUUACGUGCAGCUGGCUUCUCUGCCUCCUGUAGACCAGGUCCUCGCUGGCAACACAGCCUGCUAUGUCACCGGCUGGGGGGUCACACAGACUGGUGGUGUUCUCUCUGCUCAGCUGAAACAGGCUUCACUGCCUUCAGUCGACUAUGCUACCUGCAGUAGCAGCACCUGGUGGGGCACUGCUGUCAAAACCAGCAUGAUCUGCGCUGGCGGUGCAGGAACUGCUGCUGGUUGCAAUGGUGAUGGUGGUGGUCCCCUGAACUGUGUGGUUGGUGGCAGGUAUGUAGUCCAUGGACUCACCAGCUUUGUGUCUUCUGCUGGUUGCAACACCAUCAGAAAACCCACCGUCUUCACCCGUGUGUCUGCCUACCUCUCCUGGAUGCAGAGUAUCACAGGGUAAACGGAACGUAACCAAAGAAGGGUACACACUUCUGAGAACGAGAGGAAGGAGUUCUACGAACAAUUUUUGAAUUUUGAAAUGACCUACAUUAUCAUUGUAUUCCAAUCAAUGUGUUAAUCAUAAAUCAAUAAACUUUGAACCUUAAAUAACAUUUUUUUUUUAUCUCAUUCUUUGAGCCAAGUGACUUUACUUUCUUCUACAUUUCUAUCUCUCCUAAUUAUACAAAAAAUGGUGCUCUUGCCAUUUUAUUUGCUUCAAAGAUGAUGAAUAGAACUGCAGCUGUGUUGCUGUAUU